AUGUAUUCUUUGAAAAAUAUUUAUGAAUCAUAUGAAGUAGCCUUCUUUGGAUGUGAACCUCAAUCUUUUGAAGAAGCUGCCAAGAAAGAUGUAUGGAGAAAAGCAAUGGAUGAUGAAAUUACAACAAUUGAGAAAAACAAGACUUGGGAGCUCGUGGACUUGCCAAAAGGAAAGGAUGUGACUAGUUUGAAAUGGGUGUACAAGACCAAAUUCAAUGAAGAUGGUUCUAUUCAAAAGUACAAAGCAAUAUUGGCGGCAAAGGGAUAUUCACAACAACCCAGAAUUGAUUUCAAUGAGACCUUUGCAUCGAUUGCAAGAAUGGAGACUGUUCGAAUCAUUCUUGCACUAGCAGCUCAAUUGAAAUUAUAUGGGUAUCAGUUUGAUGUCAAAUCAAUAUUUUUAAGUGGAGAGCUUGAAGAAGAAGUGUAUGUUAAGUAG